AUUGUUGGCGGAUUAUGAGGGACAUUUCUGAAAGAUGUCUCAUGGCCGCUGCAUAACUUGAUAAAAGGCUUUCAUGUCCACAAGGCGAGCCACAAAAGGUCCGACGGCUCUGCGGCAUCGUCCACCUGAACAGCAUUCAUCUCAAAAAAGGACUCAUUUGACUCUCUUCCACUUGGGGAGCAAGAGAGAGGCUAUGGGUGCCGGGACUGUUGCAGUCCUUCUGGGGACUGUGGCAUUUGGCAUUACUUUUGGCGAAAAUGUUGGAACUAAAAACGGAACAACCGUCAAUGUGCCUCUUGUGAUGACUCUGGCGGAAUCUUACAUGGAAGAGUUGAACAAUCGUAGCAGUGAACAACAUAAACGUCUUGAAGCGCAAGUGGUGUCAAUGUGCAACUUCAUUUACAUCAGAGCAUUUCGGAGUAAUUUCAUAAAAACCAACUUCAUUGGAUUUAGUCCUCAAAAGGGAAACACGCAAGUGGAAGUGGAGUUGAAGUUCAACAACACAUCACAUGAUCAAAUCCCACAAAACGAUGAAGUUGUGAACACAUUGGUAGAUGUUGUGAACAGGACCAGCAACCCGUUCAGAUUCACUCUUGUUCCAGGAUAUAUUGCAGUCAUUUCACCUAAAUCAUCAACAACUCGUGGACCCGAAACAACUACCAUCUCAGUUGGGCCACCGUCUGUGUUUGUUGAAGCCACUGUGUUGGAACCUUUUGUGGAAGCCUUGAACGAUCCUAGCAGCGAACAAUACAGAGAACUUGAAACACAAGUGGUGUCAAUGUGCGACUUCAUCUUCUUCCAAACGUUUGGUUCCAUUUUCUUUGGCACUGUUGUUCUUGGAUUUCGGCCAGAAAGGGGAAACACGCAAGUCGAUGUGGAACUGCAGUUCAACGUGUCGGCACCAGCAGAAGCUAUCCCCGCAGCAGACGUGGUCACAGAAGUAUUGGUCGAAGCUGCGAUUAGUCCCGAUAACCCCUUCAACAUCACUCUUGAUCCAGACUCAAUUGUAGCCAGUUCAAAACCAUCGACAACCACCCAAGGACCAACGUCGUCCCUUGGCUUCACAACAACUGCCCGGGGUUCACCUUCGGCAACGACGCAAGGCGAAACAACUCCCGCCAUCUCAGUUCCCCCACCGGCUGUGUUUGUUGAAGCCACUUUGUUGGAACCUUUUGUGGAAGACUUGAACGAUCCCAGCAGCGAACAAUACAGAGAACUUGAAACACAAGUGGUGUCAAUGUGCGACUUCAUCUUCUUCCAAACGUUUGGUUCCAUUUUCUUUGGCACUGUUGUUCUUGGAUUUCGGCCAGAAAGGGGAAACACGCAAGUCGACGUGGAACUGCAGUUCAACGUGUCGGCACCAGUAGAAGCUAUCCCCGCAGCAGACGUGGUCACAGAAGUAUUGGUCGAAGCUGCGAUUAGUCCCGAUAACCCCUUCAACAUCACUCUUGAUCCAGACUCAAUUGUAGCCAGUUCAAAACCAUCGACAACCACCCAAGGACCAACGUCGUCCCUUGGCUUCACAACAACUGCCCGGGGUUCACCUUCGGCAACGACGCAAGGCGAAACAACUCCCGCCAUCUCAGUUCCCCCACCGGCUGUGUUUGUUGAAGCCACUUUGUUGGAACCUUUUGUGGAAGACUUGAACGAUCCCAGCAGCGAACAAUACAGAGAACUUGAAACACAAGUGGUGUCAAUGUGCGACUUCAUCUUCUUCCAAACGUUCGGUUCCAUUUUCUUUGGCACUGUUGUUCUUGGAUUUCGGCCAGAAAGGGGAAACACGCAAGUCGACGUGGAACUGCAGUUCAACGUGUCGGCACCAGCAGAAGCUAUCCCCGCAGCAGACGUGGUCACAGAAGUAUUGGUCGAAGCUGCGAUUAGUCCCGAUAACCCCUUCAACAUCACUCUUGAUCCAGACUCAAUUGUAGCCAGUUCAAAACCAUUGACAACCACCCAAGGACCAACGUCCUCCCUUGGCUUAACAACCACGAAUGGCUCACCGUCACCAACAACCCAACGGACGACAACUCUUGUCACCUCAGUUCAUCCACCUGCUGUGUCCAUUAAAGCCACUCUGUUGGAACCUUUUGUGGAGGCACUGAACAAUCGCGGCAGCGAUCAAUACAUAGAACUUGAAACACAAGUGGUGUCAAUGUGUGACUUAAUCUUCUUCCAAGCUUUUGGGCCUAUUUUCAUCCGCACCAUCGUAAUUGGAUUUAGUCAACAAAUGGAAAACACUGAAGUAGAAGUGGACCUGGAAUUCAACAGUACAAUAUCAUCUGAUGAAAUCCCAGAAGCUGAUGUGGUUGUAGACACAUUGGUACAAGCUGUGAUUAGUCCCAACAAUUUCCCCCUCACGUUUGACCCAGACUCAAUCGUAGUCAUUUCUGCAGAAACAUCAACUCAGAGUUCUUCCACUACAAACAUGCCUAUAUCAACAACUUAUGGACUUACAACUAAAGAACUAACAAGCCCUCAGUUAAAUCUUGACAGCUCAACUGCUGACAAACCAACAACUAUUGACGACUCAACAGCAACUGUUGAAAAAUCAACAAUUACAGUUGACAGAUCUACAACUGAUGUAGAUGGAUCAACGGCUAUUGUUCAACGAAAAACUACUAUUGACAAACCAACAACUGUUGUCGACUUAACAACUGAAGUUAAUGAACCAACAGCAACUAUUGAUGAGUCAACAACCACAAUUGAAAAAUCAACAGUUGAUGAAUCAACAGAAACUACUGACAAAACAACUACUGUUCAUAAAUCCUCAACUACUAUCAACCAAUUGCCAACUGUUGUUGAUGGGUCAACUCCUCUUGAUGAAUCAACAAGUGCUUUUGACGGGCCAACAGCUGUUGAUGGAUCAACAACAAUUAUUGACGUAACUACUAUUAACGAAUCAACAGUAACUAUUGAUGAAUCAACAGCUGUUGUCGACUCAACAAUUACCUUUGACGGGUCAACAACUAUCGACAAAUCAACUGUAUCAACAGCUAAUGUUGGAUCAACAAGUGAAAUUGACAGAGGAAGAAAUACUGAAAAAUCAACUGCUACUGACAAAUCAACUGCACUGACUGAAGAAUCAACGACUGUCAGUGAAUCAAGUGCUACUAUUGGCAUCUCAACACCUCUUGUUGAUGCAUUAUCAAUCGCUGUUGACGGAUCAACAACUGCUGUUGAUGGGUCAACUACUGUUAAUGAAUCAACAAUUACUUUCGACAAAUCAACAGCAACUCUUGAUGAAUCAGCAGUAACUACUGACAGAAUAACAACUGGUGUUGGGAAAUCCACAAUUACUGUUGACGAAUCAACACCUCUUGUUGGUGGAUCAACUGCUGUCGACAGAUCAACAGCAGUUGAUGGAUCAACGGCCACUGACAUAACAGUUGUCAAAUCUACAAUUAUUGUUGACAAAUCAACAACAAAUAUUGAGGAAUUAACAGUGAUUAUUGAUGAAUCAACAGUUACUGUUAGUGAAUCAACAUCUCUUGAUGCAUUGACAAAUAGUGUAAAGAGAUCAACUGUUCUUGCCGAAUCAACGAUGACUGAUGAAUCAACAAAUACUGUUGACAAAUUUACAACUAUUCCUGACAAAUCAACAAUUGAUAUUGAAGAAUCAACAUCCCUGUCUGUCAAUGGAUCAACAACCGGUGGUGAUGGGUCCACUGCUAUUGAUGAAUCCACAAGUUCUUUUGGUCAAUCAACAGCUGUUGCCGGCUCAACAGUUGUAGAUGGCAGAUCAACAACUACUACUGACAAAUCAACUCCUACUGACGAAUCAACAGCAAGUAUUGAUGAAACAACACCUGUUGUAUCAACAGCUGAAGUUGCCCAAUCAACUGACAAAUCAACUUUGAUUGAUGAAUCAACAAUAACGAUUAACACAUCGACAUUUACCGUUGAAUCAACAACAGCAAUUGAGAAAUCAAAAGCAACUAUUCAUGAAUCAACAGCAAAUGAUGACGAAUUAACAACUACCGCUGACAAAUUAACGGCAACUUUUGGCAAGUCAACAGCCUUUGUUGGAUCAACAAUUGACAUUGAUGGAUCAAGAACUAUUGACAAAUUAACUACUAUUGACAAAACUCCAACUACUGACAAAUCAACAGCAUCUGUUGUCGGAUUAACAACUACUAUUGACACAUCGACAAGUACCGUUGAAGAAUCAACACCUCUUGUUGAUGCAACAACGAGUAUUGAUGCAUCAACAAGUUCUUUUGAUGACUCAACAGCGGUUGUUAGCUCAACAAUUGUGAUCAACAGAUCAACAACUGCUGACAAAUCAACGACUAUUGAUGAAACAACACCUCUUGAAAAAUUAACCACGACUGACAAAUCAACAGCAAGUAUUGAUGAAUUGACAGGUUUUGGAUCAACCAUUGAAGUGGAACGAUCAACAACAAUUGACCAGUCAAUUUCUGAUGUAUCAACAACUAUUGCCAAAUCAAUGAUAACUACUGGCCAAUCAACUACCCAGGACAAAUCGACAGAAACUCUGAACAAAUCAACAGGAACUAUUGGCGAAUCAGUGACGACUUUUGAUGACUUAACCACUACUAUUAGCAAUUCAAAAACGGUUGCUGACGUAUCAAAAACCACUGUUGACAGAUCAACAGCCAUUUUUGAUGAACCGACAACUACUGGCAAAUCAAUAAGUACUAUUGACAAAUUAACACCUGCUGUUGACAAAUCAACAGCAACUCUUGAUGAAUUAACUACUAAUAUUGAUGCCUCAACAAUUGUAAUUGACACAUCAACAACUGCUGUUGACAAAUCAACACCUGUUUUUGAUGCAACAAUUACGGUGGACGAAUCAACAACUGAUGUUGACGGUUCAACAAUUAUAGCUGACGCAUCAGCAACAGUUGUUGAUGAAUCAACUAAUAUGGACAAAUCGAAAACUACUAUUAACAAAUCAACUUCUGCUGUUGACGGAUCGACAGGAUCUGAUGAUGAAACAACAGUGACUGUUGACAAGCCAACAGAUACUACAGACAAAUCAACAACUAUAACUGAUGAAUCGACAGCACCCAUCGACAGAACAAUUGCUGUCGAUGGAUCAGCAACUGUUGACAGAAUCACAGUAACUGUUGACGACUUGACAAAGGUUGACAAAUCGAUGACAACUACUGACAAAUCGACAGAGUCAAUUGGCGAAACCACAGCGACGAUUGGCAGAUUAACAGAAAUUGUCGAUGAACCAGCAACAACUACUGAAGGAUUAACAACUAUCUUUGACAAGUCAACACCUGCUUUUGAUGCAUCAACAAAUUCUUUUGACAGUAAAACUACUCUUAGCAAAGCAACCCCUGUUUUUAACGGCUCAACAAUUAUAGUUGACGCAUCAACAACUGCUGGUGACGAAUCAACUACUAUUGAUGAAUCAAAUCCUACUAUUGAUAAAUCAACUACUGAGGCUGAUGGAUCGACAGAAACUACCGAUGAACCAACAGUGACUAUUGACAAGCCAGCAGCUACUAUCGACAAAUCAACAAUUACAGUUGAUGAAUCGAUAGCAACUACUGACAAAUCGACUGCCGUUGACGGAUCAACAAAUGUUGAUGAAUUGAGAACAACUAUUGAUGGCUUGACUAUUGAUGAAUCAACAACUACUUUUGACAUAACAACCUCUGAUGAAUUCACAAUUACUGAGGAACCAAGGACAACUACUGACGAAUCAACAGCCACGACUGACAACUCAAGAACUGUUGACAAAUCAACCAUUCCCAUUGACAAAUCAGGGACAACUAUUGGCGAAUCUACUAGCAAUGAUGAAUCAGCAACUACUAUUGAUGACAUAACGACUACUACUAGCCAAUCAAAAACUGUUGUUGAUGGAUUGACAACAAACAAUGACGCAGCAACAACCACUCUUGAUCCAUCAAGAACCAAUGUUGAUGAACCAACAAAGAGUGACAAAUCAAUCACUACGAUUGACAAAUCAACUCCUGCUGUUGACGAAUUGACAACAACUCUUGAUGUUUUAACGAUUUCUGCUGAUGCAUCAACAACUGUAUUCGACAGAUCAACAACUGCUGUUGACAAAUCAACACCUGUUGUUGACGGUUCAACAAUUACAGUUGACACAUCAGCAUCUGCUGUUGAUGAAUCAACUAAUAUUGACAAUUCAAAAACUAUUACUAAUAAAUUAACUACUGCGGUUGACACAUCGACGGGAUCUAUUGACGAGCCAACAGUGAGUGUUGACAAGUCAACAGCUACUCUGGAAAAAUCAACAAAUACAAGUGCUGAAUCAACAGCAACUAUUGACAAAACAACUUCUGUUGAUGGAUCAAUAACUGUUGACAGGUCGACAACAACUAUUGUUUUAGCAACAGCUACUACUGACAAAUCAACCGCAAUUGACAAAUCAACAGAAUCUACUGCCGCAGCUACGAUUGGCAGAUCAACUGAAACUAUACCAAGAGAUGAAUUAACAACUACUUUUGACAGUUCAACAGUUUUUCGUGCACCAACAACGGCUUUUGACGGCAGAACUAGGAUUCACGAAUUAACCCCUGCUGUUGAUGGCUCAACAAUAACAGUAGAUGCAUCAACAACUGUUGCUGACGAAUCAACUACUAUUGAUGAACCCAAAGCAACUAUUGACAAAUCAACUACUGUUGUUGAUGGUUCAACAGAAACUGUCAAUGAAUCAACAAUGACUCUUGCCAAGACAAUAGCUACUACGCACAAAUCGACAGCUACAACUGAUGAACCAACCGCAACUAUUGACGAAUCGACUGCCAUUGACCGAUCAACAACUGUUGAGGGGUCAUCAAAAAAUGUUGACGAAUCGACACCUGUUGAUAAUUUGACAACUGUUGAUAAAUCGAUAACAUCUGCUGAUGAUUUGACGGUUGAUGACUCAAGAGCUACUACUGACGACUCAGCAACUUCUAUUGACAAAUCAACAACUACUGGUGACAAACCAACAAUUACUAUUGACGGAUCAACAAUGGGUGAAUUAACAACUACUGAUGACUCAACAACAACUCGGACAACUGCAGUCAUCUCAGUUCCUUCACGAGUAGUGUCUAUUGAAGCAACUCUGGAAGAACCCUUUGUCAAAGAAUUGGAAAAUCGCAGCAGUGAACAAUACCAAGAACUUGAAACACAAGUGGUAUCAACGUGUGACCAGAUACUCUUGCAAGAAUUUGGAACCAUUUUCAUCCGUACCAUCGUUACUGGAUUUAGUCCACAACAGGGAAACACAAAAGUGGAAAUGGCCCUGGAGUUCAACAAUUCAGUACCAAAUGAUCAUGUGCCAGAAGAUGACAUGGUCGUUGAGACAUUGAUUCAAGCUGUGAAUAGUACGAAUAAUUUCCCGCUCAGUUUUGUUCCAGACUCAAUUGCAGUCAUUUCCGAAGCAUCAGAAACUUCAACAACUGAUGGACCAUCACUUACACAUGUGCCAAUUAUCACCGAUGUCCCUGCCACUCAACAGCCAACCAUCACCCAUGGGCUAACCAUCACUCAUGUUCCGACAACUGUUGAUCCAACCACCACCCACAUCCUUACAACUCAAGGGCCAACUACCAUUAAUGGGCCAACCACUACCCAUGUCUCUGCAACUCAAAGGCCAACUACCACUCAUGGGCCACCACUCAGUGUUGGGCCAACCACCACCCAUGUCCCAACAAAUCAAGAGCCAACCACUACUCAUGGGUCAACUACCACCCGUGUCCCUACAACUCAAGAGCCAAACCCCACUGAUGGGCCAACCCCCACUGAUGGGCCGACCUCCACCCAUGUCCUUACAACUCAAGGGCCAAUCACUACCCAUGUCCCUACAACUCAAGCACCAACCACCACUCAUGUCCCUGCAACGCUAGGGCCGACCACCACCGAUGUCCCUGCAACUCAAGGGCCAAGUACCACUCAUGGGCCAACCACCCCCCCUGUCCCUACAAUUCAAGGGCCAACCACCACCCAUGUCCCUACAACUCAAGGGCGAACCACCAAUCGUGUCCCUGCAACACUAGGGUCGACCACCACCCAUGUCCCUGCAACUGAAGGGCCAAGUACCACUCAUGGGCCAACCACCCCCCCUGUCCCUACAACUCAAGGGCCAACCACCACCCAUGUCCCUGCAACUCAAGGGCCAAUCUCAACCCAUGUCCCUACAUCUCGAGGGCCAACCACCACUCAUGUCCCUGCAACACUAGGGCUGACCACCACCCAUGUCCCUACAACUCAAGAGCCAGCUACCACUCAUGGGCCAACCCCCCCUGUCCCUACAACCCAAGGGCCAACCGCCACUCAUGUCUCUCCAACACUAGGGCCGACUACCCCCCCUGUCCCUCCAACUCAAGGGCCAACCACGACUCAUGUCCCUGCAACACUCGGGCCGACCACCACCCAUGUCCCUGCAACUCAAGGGCCAACUACCACUCAUGAGCCAACCCCCCCUGUCCUUACAACUCAAGGGCCAAUCACUACCCAUGUCCCGACAACUCAAGGACCAACCACCACUCAUGUCCCUGCAACACUAGGGCCAAGAACCACUCAUGGGCCUACCGCCCCCUCUGCCCCUACAACUCAAGGGCCAACCACCACCCAUGUCCCUGCAACUCAAGGGCCAAUCACAACCCAUGUCCCAACAACUCGAGGGCCAACCACCACUCAUGUCCCUGCAACACUAGGGCCGACCACCACCCAUGUCCCUACAACUCAAGGGCCAGGUACCACUCAUGGGCCAACUACCCCCACUGUCCCUACAACUCAAGGACCAAUCACGACCCAUGUCCCUACAACUCAAGGGUCAACCACCAAUCGUGUCCCUGCAACACUAGGGCCGACCACCACCCAUGUCCCUGCAACUCAAGGGCCAAGUACCACUCAUGGGCCAACCCCCCCUGUCCCUACAACUCAAGUGCCAACCACCACUCAUGUCCCUGCAACACUAGGGCCGACCACCACCCAUGUCCCUGCAACUCAAGGGCCAAGUACCACUCAUGGGCCAACCACCACCCCUGUCCCUACAACUCAAGGGCCAACCACCACCCAUGUCCCUGCAACUCAAGGGCCAACUAUCACUCAUGGACCAACCCCCCAUGUCCCUACAACUCGAGGGCCAACCACCACUCAUCUCCCUGCAACACUAGGGCCGACCACCACCCAUAUCCCUGCAACUCAAGGGCCAACGACCACUCAUGGGCCAACCACCCCCACUGUCCCUACAACUCAAGGGUCAAUCACGACCCAUGUCCCUACAACUCAAGGGCCAACCACCAAUCGUGUCCCUACAACACUAGGGCCGACAACCACCCAUGUCCCUGCAACUCAAGGGCCAACUACCACUCAUGGGCCAACCCCCCCUGUCCCUACAACCCAAGGGCCAACCACCACUCAUGUCCCUGCAACACUAGGGCCGACUACCCCCCCUGUCCCUCCAACUCAAAGGCCAACCACGACUCAUGUCCCUGCAACACUAGAAUCGACCACCACCCAUGUUCCUGCAACUCAAGGGCCAACUACCACUCAUGGGCCAAACCCCCCUGUCCCUACAACUCAAGGGCCAAUCACUACCCAUGUCCCGACAACUCAAGGGCCAGCCACCACUCAUGUCCCUGCAACACUAGAAUCGACCACCACCCAUGUUCCUGCAACUCAAGGGCCAACUACCACUCAUGGGCCAAGCACCCCCCCUGUCCCUACAACUCAAGGGCCAAUCACUUCCCAUGUCCCUAUAUCUCAAGGGCCAACCACAAUUCCUGGGCCAACUACUACUCACGUUCCUACAAUUCAAGUGCCAACUACCACUCAAAGGCCAACCCCCACUGAUGGGCGAACCACCACUCAUGCACCUGCAACUCAAGGGCCAGCUGUUCCAAAUCCAACAACUAUCACAGUGGUCCCUACAUCUCCACCACCGGUUGUUGUGCUGUCAGCAACUUUGGAGGAACCGUUUGUGGAAGAAUUCAAUAAUGUCAACAGUGCAGCGUAUUUAGCUCUUGAAAACAGAGUUGUCACAUCGUGCGACGCCAUCUACAGGGAGAGAUUUGGUUUUAUCUUCAUCCGCACCUUCAUUAUUCGGAUUAUCCGUGCUGUGGUGUUGACGCGAAUGGACAUCACGCAAGUGGACGUCGGAUUGGAGUUCAGGAACACAUCUUCGACUCCAGUGGAUGAGGUUGUCGUUGCCACCUUAGAGGAAACCCUUAGUCAGCCCAACAAUACAUUCAACAUCAGCCUUGUCCCCGAAAGCAUUCAAGUCAUUCAAUCUCCACACAAAACAAAUUUGACAACAACAAAACCCAACACCACUGCGACUCCAGCAACGACGGCCACCAAGAAUCCCAUUACGAGUGCCACAUCACUCACCACGCGGACUUUGAGGUUUACAUCCGUCGGCGAGACUUUCACAAAUGACUUGCUCAAUCAGUCGACUGCCGCGUUUAUCAGCCGAGCGGCGCUCAUCAAGAUGACGCUGGAACCACUCUACACAGUCACAUUUUCUUCAUUUAAUGACCUGACAGUCACGUCAUUCAGUAAUGGCUCCAUUAUCAACAACAUGAACCUGAGGUUCGCAUCUAGCUUGGUGCCCAGCAAUAAUGUCAUUGGUGAUGUUUUAAUCAAAGCCGCACCCAACAUCACAGCCUUCAACGUGGACACCUCAUCCAUUUUUGUGAAUGGCAUAUUGAUUUCAAGCGGAGCGAGCCAUAAGACGAGCCUCAUCACCGCAUCUGCUGUGGUGCUGUUGUCAUGGUUACUGACGAGCAACCAAUAGCAUCUUUGCAUGGGUUGGCCAAAUAAGGGCUUGUGUGUGUGUGUGGGAGGGGCGAAAAUGGGUCUCUGUGGAUCGCCAAUUGCCGUAUCAUGAAGUUACAUGCAUAUGAUUAUGUUGUAUGAUAUAAUUUCUGGAAGUUUAUAACUCAAUGCACACUGUAUAUGAAUUAAACUCUUUGUACACUGUUUGAAAAUGACAGACUUUGCACACUGUAUAGAAAUUAAAGCCUUUAGUCAUGCUAUAAAAAUAAAAUAAAAGAAAGCCUGUAGACAAAUUCAAAUGAAAGCUUUGUACAUUGUAUAAGAAUUAAAGUCUUAAGACACCCGAAACAAAUGAAAGUUUUUCUACACUGUAUCCAAAUUAAAGCCUUUCCACACUCUAUAACAAUUGUAUCCAUUCAUUUUCCACACCAAGUGAGCGGUGCUGGUGCUUAUCCCAGCUGACUACCCGGCAGA